UGAGCAUGUGACGGAAGGAGAGAGACAGUGGGAGGCGCUAACUGGUCCAACUGGGGUAAAAUCGAAAGUAACUUGCAGAAGGAAAUACAUAAAUCACAAGCGUCGUCAUGUCGAAGGCAUCGAGGCUGAGGAUCAGACCCGAGGCUGCAGGGAAGGUGGAGAAGGUCCAGCAGCACCUGCACCAUGAGGCAGAGAAACUCUUCUCCACUGUCAUCCCAUUGAAGAUCUCUCAGCUGGAUGCUCUGCUCCAGGACGAUGCGUUGAACGUGGACGCCUCCUCACUCCUGGCUCCGCUGGACAUCCCCAUACCGGACCCCCCCUCAGCAGAGGAGGAAAUGGAAACCGACAAGGAUGAAGAGGGCGAGAAGAAGAAAGCUCCAAGAUGUGGCUUCAUCAAGGGGAACGAGAAGGUCAUGUCGGCUUUGGACAAAGUGAGACCUGAGAUCGUUGCCUUCAGGGGGAUCCUCACCACGGUUUCCUGCUGGAUUCAACAUCUCAUCCCAAAAAUAGAGGAUGGAAAUGACUUUGGAGUCGUCAUUCAGGAGAAAAUCUUGGAGAGAAUCGCUGCUGUGAAAACCCAUGUUGACGCUUUUCAAACAAACAUCAACAAGUACUUCUCAGAAAGGGGAGACGCUGUCGCUAAAGCUUCUAAAAACACUCAUGUGAUGGACUAUCGCUCGCUCGUCCACGACAAAGACGACAGCAUCUACGCUGAAAUCAAAGUGAUCGUUCUCGACCUGCGCGGCUUCUACGUCGAGAUUUUUGACAUCGUCAACAAGAACCUGGACAAGGUGACCAACCCGAAAGGAGAGGAGAAGCCGUCCAUGUACUGAAGGAGGUGAUGAAGAGGAGGGACACGUUCUUCACAGCUGGAUCAAUAGCUGGGUUUUCAACCUCACUCGACUCUCGGCUCAAUCAUUCUACAUGUAACUUCAAAAGUUACGAGUUCCACUCACUUCAAUAAACAUGAGUUUUAUCACUUUCAAUAAAUUCAACUUGUUUAAACGCAAAACUCCAAUUAAAAAAUGAAGAAAGAAUGAGAGUCACUGAUUUAUUUGUAACAAAACUUUUUAAUAAAUGUGAUCAUUAUUAACGUC